GCUCGAUUCAGUUUCAUACACCAACACACACGACAAACCACGAAGAUACCUUUCUUUUUUUUCUGCGACCCUGGCAGAAACACCGCACACUUAAAACUUUCGGUCCGAUCGGGCGAGCGAGCACAACGUCUGGGCUGUUUUGUGGUCCUCCCCCGCCCUCCGAGAUCUGCGCGGCCAACGCCAGAUUCCCCUGACACUCCAGUGUGGUUCCCGAUAAACCCUCCCACCUAUCCUCACGAAUUUCCCGCAAUCAACGCGUCUUGUUCGACUACUCCCCCCAAAGAUACUCACCUCGAUCUGACCUGGAAUGAACUGCGCCAGCUGAGCAUGGUCGAGAUUGGAUAGACAAUGUUAGCGUCGAGCCAGAAUACAGGGUCCCGAUUCGGGACCGGCAGCAACAACAGUCGGCCGUCGAGCAGAGAUGGCACCAAGAAAAAUAUCUGGUCUUCUAUGCUAGAUAGUGUCGCAAAUGGAAAGCGACUUCCAGAGAAGAAUCUUUUGAUCCUAGGUGGCACACCUGAGACGCAAAGAGAGUUCCUCGACACUCUUUCCGCCGACGCUUCAGAUCCCAGCUUGUCGUCAAAUGACCGGCGAAAAGGGCGAGUACCGCCAGUGGCCAACCAGUUCGCCUUAGGAUAUACUUACCAAGAUGUGCUGGACGCUGAUCACGAAGAUAUUCUGGCGCGUGUCUCCGCAUACUUACUUUCUGAGCCCUCCCUCUCCUUUGCGCCCCUCCUCAAGCCGCUUCUGACUGCACAAUCGGUACCGGAAACCUUGGUUGUGAUCCUCCUGGACUGGUCGGACCCUUGGACCUGGGUGCGUCGACUGCGCGAGUGGGUGCGCCUUCUGAGACAUGUCCUCAUAUCGCUCGACGAUGAGACGAAGAUCGUCAUGGAGGAGAACAUGACUGAGUGGAGGGAUCGGAAACGGGGCAUGGAUGCCAGCUCGGCCGGCGCGCAGGGUCUGACGAGCUCCGGUGGUCCCGUAACAAUACCUCUCGGCCCUGGCGAGUGGGACGAAGGGCUCGGUAUACCCAUGUGUGUUGUGUGUCAAGGGGCCGACAAGAUCGAGAAGCUGGAGAAAGACCACGGCUGGCACGAAGAAGAGUUCGACUUCAUUCUCCAAUUCAUGAGAACACUGCUCUUGAAGCAUGGCGCGUCACUUAUCUACACCACACCGUUCCUUGCCAACUCCCUCCAAAGCUUAUUACACUCAUCCCUCGGCAUCCACUCAUUAUUAAAACGGCAAUCGUUUAAACACAACGUCAUCGACCGGGAUAAGAUCCUCGUCCCGUCGAAUUGGGAUUCGUGGGGUAAGAUCCGCAUCAUCCGCGAAGGAUUCGACAUGGACGGCGUCUCAACCGCCUGGUCCAUCGAGAUCCAGGACCCCCCGGAACCGAUCACCAACGGCGCCAGUGCCGGCGAUCUGGAAGAUGAGACGACCGACGACGGCACCAGCGCGGUCGCGAUCUUCGAACAGACGAUCAAGGACCCGAAGCGGGACACGUCGAUGGCUCAUCCCGGAGGCCAAAUGAACGGAACCAAGAUUGAGGUCGACACGUCCGACAUGCAAACCUUCCUCACAAAACAACUCGAGGUUCUGGAACAGCUCAAGUUGGAAGACGAGAAGGACCGCACAGCGAAGCAGGUGCCGCAGCUGGAGAUGUCCCCGCUGGACGACAACGGCCGGGUCAACGAGCAUAUUGGCCCUGUACAAUUCAACAUGGGUGGUAUCCAAGUCGACGCGGAUGACAUGCUCCGCAAGCUCAAGGAACGAGAAGCCAGCCGAUCCCAGAAGAAAGAAACCCCCUCGGCCACCGGCGAUGAGAAAGCGCACAACCAAGCGCUGGCCAACUUCUUUGCUGGCCUCGUCAAAAAACCCGGCACCACUGGCAGUCCCCGCGGAAGUCCAUCGGCUUGAAGUCAUUUCAGAGGGGCUUAGCAGCAGCAGCAGCGGCAGCACGAACCGUUUUUGACUCAAUCACGAAGUUCUCGAACCUGUAAUAAUAUUGCUAUCUCCCCCUACCCUACCUACACGUGCCUACCCACCCAGUACAUAUUCAGAUUAGUCUUCCGGGUAUGAUGAUGGCUUUCGGCUUCCUGCUGAGGCUUUGCGAGGAUCACUGCGCGUGGCCUUGUAUCACAACCCGGCAGAUCUUGUUUUUGUGUUUCGUGAUACUAAAUUGGCUUGAGGUAUGGGACACUGGACUUGAUACAUUGAUUGACGAGUCAAGGAGGUAGUACCUAGGUAAUUCUUUGGGGGGUUUGGGGUUAAAUGGAAACCGGAAGAAGGGGAACCAGGGAGGAGAGAUUAUGGGGGAGGGGGAUUUGACUCUACGUAGUCGACCUGGUUUUGAUUGUUCGGGAAGGGGUUGGCG